UCGACAAUCGGGGGGAGGUUGGCAGACGGGGUGACUCGUGAGUUUUGAUUGAGGCGGGUUUACUUUUCUCUUUACAGGCUGACAAACUCACGUCAAAACAUGGUCGUGCUGCAGCGGUGCUUUUUGAAGAAAUUUCUUCAACUGGGUUAUUUUGGGAAUCAAGAAACCACUAAAAGUCUUCUAUCAGCCGGGUUCCCCGUUACGCUUCUGGGUGGACGCCGAGCUGCUGGGCACAGGAGCAAAUCCAGUGUCCCAGGUGUAAGGGAGCGGACUCUUAUUGCUGUAAAGCCAGAUGGAGUUCAACGGCGUCUUGUGGGACAAAUAAUUCAGCGGUUUGAGCAGCGGGGUUUCAAGCUGGUUGGCCUGAAAAUGUUGCAGGUGUCUGAUGAUCUCCUGUCUCAGCACUACUAUGAACUGAGGACUAAGCCCUUCUAUCCAAGUCUGCUGCAUUACAUGACCUCAGGGCCUGUAGUUGCCAUGGUGUGGGAAGGGCACAAAGUAGUCCAGACGUCACGUAUGAUGGUGGGACAUACUAACCCAGUGGAGGCCCAGGCAGGCACAAUCAGAGGAGAUUUCAGCUUUCAUGUCAGCAGGAAUGUAGUUCAUGCCAGUGAUUCACCAGAGGGGGCACAGAGGGAGAUCCAGCUGUGGUUUCAGAGAAAGGAGCUCCUGAACUGGGACUGCUGUGACCAGACAAUCACCUGUGAGGUGUGAAGACGCUGAGUCCCGGAAACAGUGAGAGUCAGUAUUAGAGGUCUGUCUCUUGUGACCACAGGGAUUGAAAAAGAUGAAUCAUAUUCAGUGUUCCUACCAAAUACUUUACCUCAGGAAGUGCACUUAGGAUCACCCCAGUAGCUGCUCUUCUAUAUAAUGAUCAGCUCCAGCAGGCUAAUAGAUUCACUAACAAUUGUGUUAAUAUAACUUUUUUCAACACAGA